GAUGCAGUUUACAUGAAUCAUGAACCCGUCGUUUGCUUCCCCUGUAGUCCAACCGAGCAGCCAUUAGGAUCAUCAGCUUUGAAGUGUGCCACGCCAUGCAAACCUACUAUGGCUGCUACUUGCUUCAGUCCCUGACCAAUAGCAAUAGAACCUACAUUGGCUUCACGAUGGACCCACGUCGACGCUUGCGACAGCACAACGGGGAGAUCACAGCUGGAGCGAAUAGGACCAAACGCUGGAGACCAUGGCAAAUGAUUCUUUGUGUAUGGGGAUUUCCAAACAAAGUACUGGCGCUGCAGUUUGAGUUUGCAUGGCAACACCCUAAUGUGUGUCGAAAUGUCAGAGACAAAGUGGCGCACCUGAAGUUUUGCAAGCUUCGGAACGGGAGACAGUCCCCCGUGAUGGGUGUAACGCAGAAUCUUCAGGUUUUGAUUGAGAUGUUGAAAGCCACCCCAUAUAGUCGAAUGCCUUUGCGAGUUCAUUUCCUGGAUGAAGCUGCUAAAUCUCAGCUGCCAAAGAUGCCAGCUGCACGAGCGCUUCCGACACACAUGACAUUUACUCUGGGCAGUUUUGAUGAGCUUGAACGCCUGUGCUAUGAAUCUAUGAUGAUGAUUCCUGUGACCAGCUCUGUGUGUGCAAAAUGCUCAGGGCGCUUGGAACCAGCGGAUCGCGUCGUGAGCUGCCCACAUUGUGAAUGUCCACUUCAUUUGACGCCCUGUGCUCUUGAACUUUUCCCGAAAACUAAAGGAGCUCAGCUUAUACCGGAGGGAUCUGCUGCAUGUCCCUCCUGUGCUCGACCCACUGAAUGGAUGGUGCUCAUUCGCGGUGCUCGACGUUUGUCCGUGUCACCAUCACUGCCUGACAUGGAGUGUCAAGCAGAACACUUCAAAAAUCAGGAGGUUGAGGAUGAUGUUUGUUCAGAUGCUGAACUGCGCGAUGACAGCAGUGAAGAAGUCGAGCUUGUUUCCCAAGACUUUUCUGAACCGAACUUGAGUCAAUCUAGCAUGGCAAGUAUGCCAGCACCUGAGUGCACCGAGCUGACCAGUGAGACUGAACAGCGCCCGAAGCGCAAGCUCAGCGCCUCAAGGUCAGCAAGCUCAGGCCCUCAGAAUAACAGCCUCGACUGCCAAGGGCCCCAAGUACCAAGUCAUCCUCGUGUACUUAGCUUGCGAGAGAGGCUGGCCAAGCGAACUGCGCAGCGCGCCCCUUGAGCUAGGGUUUGCUAUGGACUCUUGGAAUUGCCGCUCAAGCUGUGCGAAUGGUGUGCACAGAGUAGUUGCAUUUUUGUUUUUGCCUGAUUUGCCUUUGGCAGCCCUGAAAAGUCAGCGCAGCCUCAAUUGUCAAUUCAAAAUUCAUUUCUUUGGCCCUCCAAAGCAGCCAGUGUACUGGAUGGAUCGAGUGGCAGGCAGACUGACCUCCGGACCAGCUUUUUGACCAAAUCUGUCAGUGAGAAA